AGAGGGGACAGCAGCCAAAUGCUUUAUAAAACAGAAAACAACUUACAACUUUUCAGCUGAGUCCCUGGAAGGAGCUGACCAAUCUGACCUGACCCUGCCUUUUUCCUUGGGGAUUUUGGUAUAUUUUGGAGGCUCUCCCCCCACCCCAAUUAUCUGGAGUGCAGUGCUGACAUCAAGAUGUCCAUUACGGACACAUCUAUUUAUACUUUUUGUUUUUUAAUGUCAGAACAGUGAUGUGAAUACAAUACAAUUCCAGGAAUCCGUCACUUCCUGGAACAGAUUAAAAGGGGCAAACAAAAGAUUACUUAGUUGUGUUUUUCCCAGAGCUUCAUUACUCCUGGAGCCAGCGUCCAAGUAGGUUGCAGCUCUCCCAGCUCCACAUUCAGGGAGAGAUUAUUUAUUGAUACCUAUUUAUUGUUAUUUCGGAGGUGCUUUAAAUCCUGACUUGAAAGGUCGUUCUGAAGGAGAUUUCAUUCCUUCUUUUUAAAUCGUUUUUCCUUUUCUCUGGUCAUUUUUAUUUUUUUUUCUUUUUAAUCAGAGCAAGAAUAUAUUUUAUUAUCUUCAGAAGCACCAAGACUGCGCACAUUUUCCUAACUAAAGUUGCUGAAAAAUCAGUAAAAUUUUUCUCUGGGCAGCCUGAUUUGCUUUCUGCUUGGCUUCUCCCGGUGUGUGAACUCCAGAGUGUCGUGGAAGAGGUUUGUUGGGAGCAGUCCAGUCUUUUUCUUCCUGUGAAUUCCUAACUAAAGAUUUGCCCUAGCUCCUCUGGGGAACAAAGAAGGCGGCAAGAAAAAGGGGAAGACCAUUUUCCCAUCCUAUUGAAGACUUAAUGCGUUUUUCUUUGUCCUGGAGUGACAUGAUCAUCUGUGUUCAGGGACCCCAUCCUUUGCUGGCGGAGGAGAAGAUCAGGAGACAGUCGCUCAGAGGCAUUGCAGUGGAUUUGUCCGAGCAGAUCAUGCAACCUCGCUCCGUUAUGGUCUUCCAGGGAGAAUCUGCUCCUGCCUUCAUGGCACCUGCUCCUGAGAAUAACCUGCCUAGGAUGCGAGAUCCUGAAGAAGACCUGUUAUGCAUUGCAAAAACCUUCUCCUAUCUGCGAGAAUCCGGCUGGUAUUGGGGGUCUAUCACAGCCAGUGAGGCCAAGCAGCAUCUUCAGAAGAUGCCUGAGGGUACCUUCCUGGUACGGGACAGCACCCACCCCAGCUACCUGUUCACACUCUCCGUCAAGACCAACCGGGGUCCCACCAAUGUGCGCAUUGAAUAUGCCGACAGCAAGUUCCGGCUCGACUCGAACUGCCUGUCCAAACCCCGCAUCCUGGCCUUCCCAGAUGUGGUCAGCCUUAUCCAGCACUAUGUCAUGUCCUGCACAGUGGAGAACAAGAAUGAGGCCCCUUACCCACCGCCCUCGCCCCUGUCCUCCAUGCAAAAGGAGAUGGUGGCUGCGGCAGUGCACUUGAAGCUGAUACGGCCACUCAGCCGCAAGGACAGUGUCCCCAGCCUACAGCACCUGUGCCGGCUACAGAUUAACAAGUUGACAGAGGAGGUGGACCAGCUGCCCCUGCCCAGGAGGAUGGGGGACUAUUUGAAGCAAUAUCCCUUCCAGCUCUGAGGUACAGCCGACUGGCCUUAGACCAACAGACUAGAAUCUUGAUGUCUUUUUGUCUCGUUGAAGCAUGGCAUCAAGGGGGUACAGUAAAGACAUGGUCAUCAGCAGUGAUUGCAUCCACUUUUCCUCUCCCCUCCCCCAAUUCCACGUCUACACCAGGGAGGGGGCUGAUGGUACCUGUGAACUGUGGGGCACAAUCCAACCUCCAAGCCGCAGAGGCUUGAAGGAAAUGCUCUUGACACAUGCACACUACUUGAAUUUUAGAGCUGCCGUGACAUUAGGAGUAUUACCAUUGUUCUUAUCACUAUUUAUUUCCUUGGUAGCCUCUCUCCUGAUAUUUUAAAGCACCUUUUAGUCCAUUGUUUUUGUUUCUUUUCCUUUCAAGAAAUGAGGGAUGGACCUGGGCUGGAAUAAAGGAUCCCAACCCAGACCAAACUCAAAACUCCAGGGCAGUUUGGAUCUGGAUUCAGAUCUGGAUUUGAGUGUCACCUCUUUGACUCUGUCUUUGAAGUAGGCCACUCUAAAUUCAACAUCCAAACACCCCUGGCAACAUGGGGGAAACUGAGAUUCAGAUGAGAGUUUGGAUCCAAACUUUGGCACCUGGGCCCAACUCUGAAACAUAUGGUCUAUUUCCUAAAUUCACAAACUAAGAAAGGGCUGGAAAUGCUGUGACCUCCAAGCGGUAUGUAUGGCAGGCAUCUGUAUAUUUCACUGGGAUGACACCAAGGUUGGAAGAAUUUUUGG